CUUUACUUCUCUGUGCUCACAAAUGUGCGCUGUCUGGAGAUGACAACCAAAAGGAAAAUUAUUGGCCGCCUAGUGCCAUGCCGGUGUUUUCGUGGUGAGGAGGAGAUCGUCUCCGUGUUAGAUUACUCACACUGUGGCCUACAGCAGGUGCCAAAAGAGGUUUUUAAUUUUGAACGGACGUUAGAGGAGCUUUAUCUAGAUGCCAAUCAAAUCGAAGAGCUACCUAAGCAACUGUUCAACUGUCAAGCUUUACGCAAACUCAGCAUACCUGACAAUGACCUUUCAAGUCUGCCAACCACUAUUGCUAGCUUAGUUAAUCUCAGAGAACUUGAUAUCAGUAAAAAUGGAAUUCAAGAUUUUCCAGAAAAUAUUAAAUGUUGUAAGUGUUUAACAAUUGUUGAAGCCAGUGUCAAUCCGGUCUCAAAGCUACCAGAUGGCUUCACGCAACUUGUAAACUUGACCCAGCUCUAUCUAAAUGAUGCCUUUCUGGAGUUUCUUCCAGCUAACUUUGGAAGACUUGUCAAAUUGAGAAUUUUGGAGCUGAGAGAGAAUCACUUGAAAACUCUACCAAAGUCAAUGCACAAACUGACUCAGCUGGAGAGGCUUGAUUUGGGCAAUAAUGAAUUUUCUGAACUGCCUGAGGUUCUGGAGCAAAUACAGAAUCUGAAGGAACUAUGGAUGGAUAAUAAUUCUUUGCAAAUACUACCUGGGUCUAUAGGGAAGUUAAAGCAGCUGGUAUAUCUGGAUAUGUCAAAAAACAGGAUAGAAACAGUCGAUUUGGACAUAUCGGGUUGUGAAGGACUUGAAGAUCUCUUAUUGUCAUCCAACAUGUUGCAGCAACUGCCAGACUCCAUAGGACUGUUGAAAAGGCUAACAACUUUAAAAGUUGAUGACAAUCAGCUUACAAUUCUGCCAAAUGCAAUUGGAAAUUUAUCUAUGUUAGAAGAAUUUGACUGCAGCUGCAAUGAAUUAGAGUCCUUACCUGCUACUAUUGGCUACCUUCAUAACCUGAGGACGUUGGCUGUGGAUGAGAAUUUCCUUCCUGAAUUGCCCAGAGAAAUUGGAAGCUGUAAAAACGUCACGGUUAUGUCUCUGCGCUCUAACAAGCUAGAAUUCCUUCCUGAUGAAAUUGGUCAGAUGCAGAAACUGAGGGUGUUAAAUCUGAGUGAUAACAGAUUGAAGAAUUUGCCAUUCACUUUUACUAAACUUAAAGAACUUGCAGCUUUGUGGCUUUCUGACAACCAGUCCAAGGCUCUCAUUCCACUGCAAACUGAAGCUCACCCAGAAACAAAGCAGAGAGUACUGACUAACUACAUGUUUCCCCAGCAACCCCGCAGUGAUGAAGAUUUCCCGUCAGACAGUGACAGUUUUAACCCUACCUUGUGGGAAGAGCAGAGACAGCAACGUAUGACGGUUGCCUUUGAGUUUGAAGAUAAAAAGGAAGAAGAGGAAAAUGCAGGGAAGGUUAAGGUUGAAAUAAAUCUAAAACGUUAUCCUACUCCAUACCCGGAGGAUUUAAAGAAUAUGGUAAAAUCGGUUCAAAAUCUGGUGGGCAAAACAAGCCAUGGAGUACGGCCUGAGAACUCAGUACCAACUGUGAACAGUGAACAAACUGUGAAAGAAACUUAUGAGCACAAGUGGCCCAUGACACCAAAGGAGAUUUCAGUGGAGGAUGCCUAUGGACAUCCUGCCAGUGAGAUGAGGAUAGGGGAGCUUCGUCCUUCCAUACCAGAGACGCCGCUGUACACACCUAAACUGGUUCUUCUGGGUAAAGAGAAGAAAGAAUCCACAGAUGAAUCUGAAGCAGAUAAGAUGCACUGUCUGAACAACAGCGUUUCCUCAGGCACUUACUCAGACUAUUCCCCUUCCCAGGCUUCCUCAGGGUCCUCCAAUGCACGUGUUAAAAUGGGGUCUUUGCAGACAACGGCUAAAGAAGCAGUGAAUAAUUCUUUGUGGGGGAACAGGCUGGUGCAGUCAUUUCCUCAGCCCCUUGAAACAAAGCCAUUACUGAGCCAGCGGGAAUCUGCUCCAGCAGGAAACCUGCCGCAGCGCAACGACAGGCGCCCCAUGAGCGACACCUUCACUGACAGCUGGAAUGAUAGUUCGCACUACGAUAAUACAGGGUUUGUGGCAGAGGAGAGCACAGUGGAAAAUCCCAGUGCUAACCCUCUGUUAAGCACUAAAUCUAGAAGCACAUCUGCACACGGACGCAGGCCGUUAAUUAGACAAGACAGGAUAGUUGGCAUUCCUCUGGAGCUUGAGCAGCCUACACUCAGAAACACACAUGAAUCUGAAGUGCCUCCUUCCAAUCCUUGGCAAAAUUGGACCAGAACUCCUAGUCCUUUUGAAGACAGGACAGCUUUUCCUUCCAAACUGGAAAACACCCCCACCACCAGCCCUUUGCCUGAGCGGAAAGAUCAUGUCAAAGAGUCUCCUGAAAUAGCUAGCACUUUCACUCCAGGAAUAGCUUGGGAAUAUCAUGAUUCAAAUGCUAACAGAAGCCUCACAAACGUCUUUUCGCAUAUUCACUGUCGCCCAGAACCUCCUAAAACUGUUAUUUCAAUCAGCAAGAGUACAGAAAGGCUUUCUCCGAUGAUGAGAGAUUUAAAAACUAAUAAAUUUAAGAAAUCACAGAGUAUCGAUGAAAUCGACAUUGGUACAUACAAGGUUUAUAAUAUACCUUUAGAAAACUAUGCAUCUGGUAACGAUACUGUAGGAACCCAUGAGAGAGUAGACAAGCUCAUCGGGCAGGAGCACGGCCUGCUGAGCAUGUCUCGCAGCCAGUCUGUGCCCAUGCUGGAUGAUGAGCUGCUCACCUACGGGAGCGUCAAGGUGCAGCAACAGCAGCAGCAAAAGCCUUCUGUGACCAAGAAAGUCUAUCAGUUUGACCAAAGCUUCAAUCCCCAAGGAGCAGUGGAAGUCACGGCAGAGAAGAGGUUACCGCCGCCUUUCCAGCACAAUCCCGAGUAUGUUCCCCAGCAGAGUAAAAACAUGCCCCAGGACCUGGUGAGCCCGAGGGCCUACCGUGGCUACCCACCCAUGGAGCACAUGUUCUCCUUCUCCCAGCCCUCGGUUAACGAGGAGGCGGUCAGUGCCCCRUUCGUGAGCCAGGGCUCGAGGCCGGGCUUUCUGAGAAGAGCCGAUUCGUUGGUGAGCUCCACUGAAAUGUCAAUGUUCAGAAGAGUGAGUGAGCCCCAUGAGCUGCCUCCGAGCGAUAGGUAUGGCCGGCCUCCGUAUCGAGGAGCUGUGGAGCGCCAAAGCAGUAUCUCAGUGUCUGAGUCUCAGUUCCUCAAAAGGAAUGGCAGGUAUGAAGAUGAACAUCCUUCAUAUCAAGAAGUGAAAGCCCAGACUGGCAGCUUUCCAGUUAAAAACCUUACCCAAAGGAGGCCAUUGUCUGCGAGAAGCUACAGUACAGAGAGUUAUGGUACAUCCCAAACCAGGCCAGUUUCAGCUAGGCCUACAAUGGCAGCUCUGCUGGAAAAGAUACCAUCAGACUAUAACUUGGGUAACUAUGGUGACAAGCCUUCAGAUAACAGUGAUAUAAAGACAAGGCCUGCCCCUGUGAAGGGAAAUGAGAGCUGUGCUAAAAUGCCCGCUGACUGGAGACAACAGCUACUUAGACAUAUAGAAGCUAGAAGGUUAGACAGGACCGCUGCUUACAAACACAACACAGUUAGCCUUGGCAUGCUGCACUCUGGAGGGUUUUCAGCAAUGCAUGCCGGCAGAAGCAUGACUUUAAACUUGCAGACUAAAUCUAAAUUUGAAAACCAAAUGCUUCAAGAGCUACCUCUACAGAAAAGCCCGUCGCAGCAGAGCAGCGUCCUGGACAACGGGCAGGAGGAGGUUGCGGCGAGCGGCCCGUGGAACCCCUACCCGCUGGGCCGGCGCGACGUGCCCCCCGACACCGUCACCAAGAAGGCAGGUAGCCACAUCCAGACUUUAAUGGGAUCGCAAAGCCUGCAGCACCGGAGCCGCGAGCAGCAGUACGAAGGGAACAUGAACAAAGUGACGAUUCAGCAGUUCCAGCCGCCGCUGCCCAUCCAGAUCCCGUCGUCGCAGAGCUCGCGCGCAGCCCCGCCGGGGCGCUGCUUAAUCCAGACCAAGGGGCAGAGGAGCACGGACGCCUAUCAGGAGCAGUUCUGUGUGAGAAUAGAGAAGAAUCCUGGCCUCGGUUUUAGUAUCAGUGGUGGAAUAAGUGGACAAGGAAAUCCAUUCAAACCUUCUGACAAGGGUAUCUUUGUUACUAGGGUUCAGCCUGACGGACCAGCGUCCAGCCUGCUGCAGCCUGGCGAUAAGAUCCUCAAGGCCAAUGGACACAGUUUUGUACAUCUGGAACAUGAGAAAGCUGUACUACUACUGAAGAGUUUCCAGAAUACAGUAGACCUAGUUAUUCAACGUGAGCUUACUGUCUAAAUAUUUUUUUAUAAAUAGUAAAUAUGUCUAGCCAGAUCUAAUGCUCAAACAGAUUUAUACAUAGAAAACAAAUUUUUGCCAAUUGCUGGACCAAUGGCAAACAGUAGUGCCAAAUGUAUAAUACUCUAUGUUAGUACUGAUCAUCUUGAAAAAAAAAUAUUAACUAUAUAAAUAUAUUGUUCAUGUGGCUAUGUAUUAGUUUUAAUUGUCAGCCUCUGGCUGUGCAUUGGUGCGUUUUUUUAAUCAAG